AUGCUUUUCAGAAACAUAGAAGUGGGCAGGCAGGCAGCUAAGCUAUUAACGAGAACCUCGAGUCGUUUGGCCUGGCAAAGUAUUGGGGCCUCAAGGAAUAUUUCUACCAUCAGACAACAAAUCAGAAAGACUCAACUAUAUAAUUUUAAGAAAACUGUGAGCAUCCGUCCAUUUUCUCUCUCCUCCCCUGUUUUUAAACCACAUGUUGCUUCAGAAUCAAACCCUAUAGAAUCACGUUUGAAGACCUCGAAGAAUGUUGCUUACUGGUUAAUAGGUACAUCCGGUUUGGUAUUUGGUAUUGUUGUUCUUGGUGGGUUGACUAGACUAACAGAAUCGGGGCUGAGUAUUACCGAAUGGAAACCUGUCACAGGUACUUUGCCCCCUAUGAACCAGAAGGAAUGGGAAGAAGAAUUUAUCAAGUAUAAGGAAUCACCAGAAUUUAAAUUGUUGAAUUCUCACAUUGAUUUAGACGAGUUCAAGUUUAUAUUUUUUAUGGAGUGGAUUCAUAGAUUGUGGGGUCGUGCUAUCGGCGCUGUUUUUAUAUUACCUGCAGUUUAUUUCGCUGUAUCUAAAAAAACUUCAGGCCAUGUCAAUAAGAGGUUGUUUGGUCUCGCAGGUUUAUUAGGAUUACAAGGAUUUGUUGGUUGGUGGAUGGUGAAGUCUGGUCUUGAUCAAGAGCAACUAGACGCAAGAAAAUCAAAGCCUACCGUUUCUCAAUAUAGACUUACUACGCAUUUGGGUACCGCCUUCUUUUUAUACAUGGGUAUGCUCUGGACUGGUUUGGAAAUAUUGAGAGAAUGUAAAUGGAUUAAGAACCCUGUUCAAGCCAUUAGUCUCUUCAAAAAAUUAGAUAAUCCCGCAAUUGGCCCAAUGAGAAAGAUUUCUUUAGCUUUGUUAGCGGUGUCUUUCCUUACCGCUAUGAGUGGCGGUAUGGUUGCCGGUUUGGAUGCUGGUUGGGUCUAUAACACCUGGCCAAAAAUGGGUGAACGAUGGUUCCCUAGUUCUCGUGAAUUAAUGGACGAAAACUUCUGUAGAAGAGAGGACAAGAAAGAUCUGUGGUGGAGGAAUUUGCUAGAAAACCCGGUUACAGUUCAGUUGGUCCAUAGGACAUGUGCGUACGUUGCGUUUACAUCAGUACUAGCUGCUCAUAUGUACGCUAUCAAAAAGAAGGCCGUAAUUCCAAGGAACGCGAUGACCUCUUUGCAUGUUAUGAUGGGCGUCGUUACUUUACAAGCAACACUUGGUAUUUUAACUAUAUUGUACCUAGUCCCAAUAUCGUUAGCUUCUAUCCAUCAAGCUGGUGCUUUGGCGUUGCUAACAAGUUCUUUGGUGUUUGCCUCUCAAUUAAGGAAGCCAAGAGCUCCGAUGAGAAACGUAAUCAUUACCUUGCCACAUUCAAGCAAAGUAACUAGCGGUAAAAUUUUAAGUGAAGCGUCGAAGUUAGCCUCGAAACCAUUAUAA